AUGCAUAAAUACCGGCUGCUCUCCAAGAAAGGCGAGGGUACCUUUUCGGAGGUCCUGAAGGCCCAGUCCAUUAAGUCCGGCAAGCAUGUAGCGAUCAAAUGCAUGAAGAACACCUUCGACAGCAUCGACCAGGUGAAUAACUUACGAGAAAUUCAGGCGUUGCGGAGGCUUGCGGGCCAUCCCAACAUUAUCAAGCUUCAUGAGAUUCUCUAUGAUGAGCCAACUGGUCGACUGGCACUGGUCUUUGAGCUCAUGGACAUGAACGUCUAUGAAGCCAUCAAGGGCAGAAGACACUAUCUGCCAGAAGCCAAGACCAAACACUACAUGUUCGAGAUUUUGAAAGGCUUAGAUCACAUGCAUCGCAAUGGGAUCUUCCACCGCGAUGUGAAGCCUGAAAACUUGUUAUUGCUGGACGACGAGAUCAAGCUAGCGGACCUGGGUUCCUGUCGUGGCAUCUAUUCGCGACAGCCCUUCACAGAGUAUAUUUCCACCCGGUGGUAUCGAGCCCCAGAGUGUUUGCUCACCGAUGGAUACUAUGGAUUCAAGAUGGAUCUCUUCGCAGCAGGAUGCGUUUGGUUUGAGAUCGUCGCCUUGUUUCCUCUGUUUCCGGGCCAAAACGAGAUGGACCAAAUUCAGAAGAUCCACAAUGUGCUGGGAACGCCAUCUCCAGAUCUCUUGGCGAGCAAAUUCAAAAGGAAUGCGUCUCAUAUGGACUUCAACUUUCCCGAGAAAAAGGGUACUGGAAUUGAGCGGUUGAUUCCACAUGCAGAAGCUGAGUGUGUUGAGCUCAUGCAGAAGCUCCUCAGGUACGACCCCGACGAUCGCAUCCUGGCGCGGCAAGCUCUCCGAGAUCCCUACUUCAGGGAGCUCCACGAGAUGAAAAAAGAGAUAGCGCAUGCACAGGGCAUGCUGCCCGGGCGUAGCCGGGAGCAAUGGUUUACGAAAGCUGCAAAUAGCUCAAGCAGUAGCACUGCCAGUGUGGACGACUUCAACCCUGAACAGACUCAGGAAGCUGGUCAAACCACCAGUUCUGUGGGCGAGGAGGGUCGCUCCGGCGGCUUGCCCACCAUCGGACAGGCACGAAGAAAAGCUCAGAAUGGUGCCGAGAGUGAAGAGGAAGCACCAAGUCAGGUGCUUCCUCCGAUCGGUGGCUUAAAAAGAACCACCGGACGCACCAAUGUGAAGCCUCAAACCUUCAAGACCGCGGCCAACGCGGCCCUGCAGUCGCAUGCCCCGGGCAAGUCUGGAGCAUCCAAGACGAGCAGCAACUUCAAGGAAGGACCGGGACGAAGCAGUGGCGCGAAAUCCUUCUUUGGUACCGGAAGCGGUGUGGCAGCCAACAAGGGCCCAUCCGAUGCCAUGUCGGUGACCGCGUCCGGCUGGGCGGACCCUGGAAGUGCCAGAUCUGGAGCGGUUGUCAGCAUGGGUUCUACCUGGGCGCCGCAGAGGCGCCGCUGA